UUUUUAUAGUAAAAGGGUUAUGAAUUCUUAUUGAAGAUUAAACUAAUCGGAGGUCUAGUCUCUCCAAGCUAAGAAGAAGAAAUGCCGAACUUUGGCAUCCUUUCAAUCGGAGAGUGUUUCGAUGGAUGCCGCAACCAUAGUCAGUCCUCUGGACUGGGCACAAGGGUCUGGAACCUGACCGACAAGCCCUUAGAAUUGCAGAUAAGGGUGGGGUCUAUAUUGAAGAAAGGUCGCACCCUAAAGCCAGGAUCUUCAAAGAGACUCAAGUGCAAGAGCAUUUACAAGGCUUACAUGCCGAGCAGUAGCAGCGGUGGUGGUGAUGGGAUGAAAAGCUUGCUCUAUUACUAUGACGAGACGUGCCACCCUUACGUGUGGAUACAUGAUAGUGUGAGUGACUUCUCGAGGAUGGUGAAGCAACAGUAUAUUAGUCUUGAGGACUUGAGGGACUGCUCUGAGAUCAGGAUAUUCAGGGACCAUCAGAGAGGUUGCAUCUCAGUGCGCAAGAAACCAAGGCCAGAUUUAUGUUGAUUGAAUGUGAGUGGUGUUUUCAUCUAAAUAUAUGGUGUAUUUUCCUUGGGAGUAUGAAACAACCAAUGGGAUUUCUUGUUCUUCUUUUGAUUUUUUUUUUGAUAUUAUAUUUCAAAAAAUAAGAUAAAAGGUUUUAUGUUGUAACUUUGGUUCAGGUGUCUAGAUUUCACAGGAUUAAUUGCAAUUCUUUGUGAUAAAGAUUAAAGAAUUGGUGCCAUGCAUCCAAUUGUAAACCAUCUCAGCUAUUUUGGGCAAAAGAAUCUGUUUAUAUUUCACCAACAAUUAGAUGAUCACUCCUGAGCAAUCUUUGCAGCAAAACACCAUCUUGUCACCAAAAUGUUCUACCGGUAUUGAACUUUAAUGCAGAAUUUAUUCUAG